CACUGGAUUGUACCAAUAGGCCAGUGCAGAGGGAGGUUGGACUGAUUGGGGAAAGGCUGCCUCCCCCUGUCUGCUACUUGGUAUGGUCGCCUCUGGCUCUGCAGCUGGGCUACUGGCAGGCGUCUGUUAUGUGCUGAAGUAAGGGAAGGGCUGAGGGGUAUAUGGAAUAGGCCAUUGGUCUCACGCUUAUCUUAAUGGCCGGUGGUUCCUAGGACGUGACAAGGGUCCCUGCACAUGCGCAGCACUAGCCUGCCAUUGCUAACGUCAAGUCUACGUAAGAAGCCAAUAAAAUGGCGGCGCGACUCCCUUCUCUCGCGGUUCAAAAGUCUGACGCGCGAAGUAAUGUCAGUCUCUAUGGCGACCAGGGAAGCCGCGAGCCAAUCAAAGCUUUAGCCGCCCAUUCUGCGCGCUUCGGCCAAUCAGCCGAUAUGAAACGAGUGUCUGGCGAUUGACCGAUAUCGGCUCAGUGCCCGCCCCCUAACCAAGCAGCCAAUGAGACAACUCGUACACUUACUGAUUGCUUAAAAGGGCGGGGAUUCCUGGCUACAAUAGUGGAUUAGACCGCGCCCCGGAGAAGAUCUUCAUUCAGUGAUUGGUCGCUGUUUGACAGACGGAGAGGUUUGUGCGACUGAUCUUGUGCUUCUCAAUCGUCACUAUGGCUUCAGAGUCGUCCCCUGCUGUGCUGCAUCCUUAUUGGCCCCGGGAGCUGCGCCUGGAGGGGUACCGCCCCAAUGACCGCUACGUGGGGGAGAUCCUGGCCUUCCUCUUCUCUGUGUCGGGGGUGCUGCUGGCUGCCAUGUGGCUCCUGACGGGAAGGGCCCGUGGGAUGGGGACCGGACGUAGAUUGGUCAUUUGCUGGUUUACUGUGUGCGCCUUUAUCCACGGUGUCAUUGAAGGCUGGUUCUCCCUGUACCACGAGGACCUCCCCUGGGACCAGGCCUUCCUCUCCCAACUCUGGAAGGAAUAUUCCAAAGGAGACAGCAGAUAUGUCUCGGCAGAUAAUUUCACUGUGUGCAUGGAGACCAUAACGGCUUGGGCUUGGGGCCCCCUCAGCGCCUGGACUGUCAUUUCCUUCCUGCAGCAGAACCCCCAGCGAUAUGUGCUCCAGCUGAUUGUAUCUCUGGGCCAGCUGUAUGGGGAUGUGCUGUAUUUCUACACGGAGUAUCGGGAGGGGUUCCGCCACAGUGAGAUGUGGCACCCGCUCUACUUCUGGUUUUACUUUGUCUUCAUGAAUGCUCUGUGGAUCAUCAUCCCCUCCAUCCUCAUCGUGGAUUCCUGGCUCCAAUUGAGUCAGGCACAGAGGCUGUGUGAUGCCGCCCCUUCCUCCAAGGCAAAGAGGAAAUGAAGCAUCAGCGCCCCCUAUAGGAACACCGGGAACAUUACAGCAAGCUGAGCCCAAUUACUGAGCAUUCUCCUGAUUGGGCCGGGCAUAGCUCUCACUGGCACACAGUUCUGCUCCCAGGCCUUGGCUCUGUGGCUAUUACAUACUGUAGGUACAGGCAGGAAUCAUUAGGGCCAGUCACUUGGUACAGAUCUUGUUACUUAAAAUUGACUGCGGAUUUUCUUAUCUUUGGCUGAUUUGCCCUUUGCCCCUUGUGUUUACAUAGACUGGGGCCCAGUGGGAAAGUGACAUAAGACUGUUAUUGCUACAGGGAAAGCUUUGCUUCGUAUCUUUCACACUGUCUAUAUGGGGGUUGCCCCAGAGGAUCAAGAUCCGUCCAUCUGGAUUGACUUCCCACAAUUCCCAGCGCUGUGUCUGUCUCUGGCACUGCAGGUCUGUGUCAAAAAUAAAUUGAGAGAAUGUG